CGCCCCGCCCCCUGCGCGCGGCGCGGCCCGGAAAUGGUGGUGGCGGGGCGCCGAGCUGCGGCUGCGUCGGGCCGCGCGCGCUGAAGGAGACUGAAGUCACUCGGAUGAAAGGUCUCUGCAGGCCCGCUCAGUCGGCCCAGGUUUUUCCCGCGGGGGGAUAGCGAGGGGACCCUUAUGUCCAACCACAUGAAAUGAACAAAGCUCCACAGCCCACAGGAGGAGCCCCGACAGCCCCGCACCCUGCCCCUUCUCCCGGACUUCCACAGUCGACGUUCCCACCCGGUCAGACGGCACCUGUGGUUUUUAACCCGGCACCGACCUCACAAAUGAAUACGCCUUCUCAGCCGCGACAGCAUUUCUACCAGAACAGGGCCCAGCCUCCCGCCAGCGCGUCCCGCGUGCAGAGCAACACGACGGCCCGGCCCGGCCCUCCCGCCCAUGUCUAUCCAGCCGCUUCCCAGGUGAUGAUGAUACCCUCCCAGAUAUCCUACACGCCUUCCCAAGGAGCGUACUACAUCCCCGGACAGGGUCGCUCCACGUACGUCGUCCCGACCCAGCAGUACCCGGUGCAGCCCGGCGCCCCUAGUUUUUACCCUGGAGCCAGCCCCACGGAAUUUGGGACUUACGCGGGGGCUUACUACCCGGCCCAGGGGGUGCAGCAGUUCCCGGCGGGGGUCCCCACCGCCCAGGUCAUCGUGAGCCAGCAGCCGCCGAUCCCCCCGAAACGAGAGCGCAAGACGAUCCGGAUACGAGACCCUAACCAAGGCGGCAAAGACAUCACUGAAGAAAUCAUGUCCGGAGCGAGGACCUCAUCUACCCCCACCCCUCCCCAGGCUGGAAGCGGUUUGGAGCCCCAGGCCAACGGAGAGACCCCUCAUGUAGCAGUUAUUGUCCGGCCAGAUGACCGCCCGAAGCCCGCGCUGGUGGUGAGCAAGCCCGUCUCCCUGGAGCCCAGCAAGUCGGCGUCCCCGUCGCCUCCCCCUCCCCUCAUCCCCGAGGUGGAGCCCGUGGUGCUCUCGGACGUGACGCUGGUGCCGAUGGAGCCCCCCGUGGAUGCGGACACUAAAGUGGAGCAGGGCGAGGCGCCGCCCGACCCGCACCAGACGUUUAGCGCCAUCACUACAGUGCCAGGGGCCGUGGAGCUGCCCCUCGUGCCCCAGCCCGACAUGGACACGGCGACCGCGGCGGCGGAGGAGGAGGAAGGGGUGGUGGAGGAGGAGGAGGAGGAGGAGGAGGAGGAAGAAGAGGUCGCCAUUCCCCUCCCGGAGCCCACCCCACAGGCGCCUGUGCCACCCGAGGUGCCGCCGGCGCCCGUCACCCCCCCGCUGCCAGCCGUGCCCCCGGCGCCGGCCGCGCCGUCGCCGCCGCCGCUCGUCGUCCCGCAGGCCCCCGAAGCGCCCGCCAAACCCGCCUCCCCCAGCCCCCCGCCGCCCCGGGAAGAGCCCUGCCCCGAGCCCGCCGCCCCGGAGCCCUCCGCCGAGGCCAACGGGGUCUUAGAGGAGUUGCCCGAGCCCCUCCCCGAGGCGCCCGCCUGCCAACCGGUGCCCGUACCCGUGCCCGUGCCGGAGCCCGUCCCGGCGCCCGCCCCGGCCUCCCCCAUCGCCCAGCCCGAGGAGCUGCCCCUGCCCAACGGGGUGGAGGGCGCCAGCAAAGCGGAGCCGGGCGAGGAGCAGCCCGAAUCGGACGUCAGCCCCAUCUCGGAGCCCGAGGAGCCGGCCCAGCCCGGCACCCCCACCUCCCCCCCGGCGGAGGAGGAGGAGGAGGAGAGCGAAGGCCCCGCUGAGGCCCAGGAGCGGAGCUCGAGCCCGGCCCCUGCCCCUUCGCAGAGCUUGGAGGCGACUGUGCAAGUCGCCGUGUCGGUGCCAAAGAAGAAGCGAAGGAUGAAGGAGCUGAACAAGAAGGAGGCAGUAGGCGACCUGCUGGAUGCCUUUAAGGAGUCUCAGAUCAGUGACAGUGCCUCAGAGGCAGAAAACAAGCCUCCCCCGUCCGCCCCUGCCCGUGAAACGGAGGACACGGCCCCCGCCCGGCCCCAGGAGGAGUCGGAGGAGACGUGGGAAGAGAAGGAGGACAAGCUGGCCCCGGAGAAGGGCAAGGCAGGGGACCAGAAGUACCGCUACAAGGAAGAGCAAUGGAAACCAUUGAACCCCGAGGAGAAGAAACGAUACGACCGGGAGUUCCUGUUGGGCUUCCAGUUCAUCUUUGCCAGCAUGCAGAAACCUGAGGGGCUGCCCCAGAUCACGGAUGUGGUGCUGGACAAGCCCUGUGUACCUUCGCAGGCCAACAAGACCCCGUUGCGGGCGCUCGACCCCAUCCGCCUGAGCGGCAUGAACUGCAGCCCCGACUUCACCCCCUCCUUCGCCAACCUUGGCCGGCCCGUCAUGGGCAACCGGGGCCUGCCCUCAGGCUUGGGGCCCCGCCGCUCCCAGCAGAGCCAGAGGAAGGAGCCUCGUAAAAUCAUUGCCACUGUGUCCCUCAACGAGGACGUCAAGCUGAACAAGGCCGAGAAGGCCUGGAAGCCUAGCAGCAAGCGUGCCUCCGAGGAGGAGGAUCCCGAGAACAUCAAGACGCAGGAACUGCUCCGCCGCGUCCGCAGCAUCCUCAACAAGCUGACGCCCCAGAUGUUCCAGCAGCUGAUGAAGCAGGUGAUGGAGCUGUCCAUCGACACGGAGGAGCGGCUCAAGGGCGUCAUCGACCUCGUCUUCGAGAAGGCCAUCUCGGAGCCAAACUUCUCUGUUGCCUAUGCUAACAUGUGCCGUUGCCUUAUGGGGCUCAAAGUGCCCACGACAGACAAGCCCACGGUGACUGUGAACUUCCGCAAGCUGCUGCUCAACCGCUGCCAGAAGGAGUUCGAAAAGGACAAGGACGACGACGAGAUCUUUGAGAAGCGGCAGAAGGAGAUGGACGAUGCCAGCGCUCCCGAGGAGAAGGCCCGCAUGAAGGACGAGCUGGAGGAGGCGCGGGACAAGGCCCGCCGGCGGUCCCUGGGCAACAUCAAGUUCAUCGGAGAGCUCUUCAAGCUGAAGAUGCUGACGGAGGCCAUCAUGCACGACUGCGUGGUGAAGCUGCUCAAAAACCACGACGAGGAGUCUCUCGAGUGCCUUUGCCGCCUGCUUACGACGAUUGGCAAGGACUUGGACUUUGAGAAGGCCAAGCCCAGAAUGGACCAGUACUUCAACCAGAUGGAGAAGAUCAUCAAAGAGAAGAAGACAUCAUCCCGAAUCCGUUUUAUGCUACAGGAUGUAAUUGACCUCAGGCAGCACAGCUGGGUGCCGCGGCGAGGAGACCAGGGCCCCAAAACCAUCGACCAGAUCCACAAGGAGGCGGAGAUGGAGGAGCAUCGGGAACACAUCAAAGUGCAGCAGCUCAUGUCAAAAGACAAGAGGAGAGGACCGCCCGGGCCGUCCUCCAGCAGUGGACGCAGCAGCCUGGUCGCAGAUGACGGCUGGAACACGGUGCCCAUCAGCAAGGGCAACCGGCCCAUCGACACCAGCCGGCUAACGAAGAUCACCAAGCCUGGAUCGAUCGACUCCAACAACCAGCUCUUCGCGCCGGGCGGGAGGCUGAGCUGGGGCAAAGGCAGCAGCGGGGGGUCAGGCGCGAAGCCGGCCGACUCAGCAUCUGAUUCAGGGCGACCGGCCACAAGCACCUUGAACCGCUUCUCAGCGCUCCAGCAGUCCACCCCUGCCGAGAGCCUGGAGUCCCGUCGCGUGGUGCAGAGGAGCAGCUCCAGCCGCGACAGGUCAGAAAAGGCCGGGGACAGAGGGGACCGGGAGUCGCGUUCGGAGAAGGGCAGCGACCGACUGGAGCGUCCCGACCGGGGGGAGCGGGGCGAGAGGAACAGGUCCGCCCUCACCAAGAGGAGCUUCAGCAAGGAGACGGAGGACAGGAGCCGGGAACGGGAGAAGCAGGGCGGCCCCGAGGCCGUGCGCAAGGCUGCUAGCAUGACGGAGGAACGGGACCGGAGCCGAGAGCCCAUUAAACAAGAGCCAGCAGCUCCCGCAGCAUCGCCCAAGCCCACGCUGUCAGAAGAGGAGCUGGAGAAGAAAUCCAAGGCGAUCAUAGAGGAAUAUCUGCACAUCAAUGACAUGAAGGAGGCCCUGCAGUGCGUGCAGGAGCUGGGCAGUCCCUCCUUGCUCUACGUUUUUGUGCGGAACGGCAUCGAGUCCACGCUGGAGAGGAGCACGAUCUCCCGCGAGCACAUGGGGGUCCUGCUGUGCCACCUGGUGAAGGCGGGCACGCUCUCCAAGGAGCAGUACUACAAAGGGCUGCGGGAGAUCCUGGAGAUCGCAGAGGACAUGGAGAUCGACAUCCCGCACAUCUGGCUGUACCUGGCCGAGCUCAUCACGCCCAUCCUGCAGGAGGAAGGCAUCCCCAUGGAGGAGCUGUUCAGGGAGAUAACGAAACCCCUGGUGCCCAUCGGGAAGGCCACCACGCUGCUGGUCGAGGUGCUGGGCUUGUUGUGCAAGGGCAUGAGCCAGAAGACCGCAGGCAAACUGUGGCGGGACGGGGGCCUGAGCUGGAAGGAAUUCCUGCCCGAGGACCAGGAUGUCAACAAAUUUGUCACAGAGCAGAAAUUGGAGUACACGAUGGGGGACAGCUCGGACACGCCGAGCUGCAAGGAGCUGACCUCGGAGGAGCUGUGCAAGCAAAUGGACAAACUGCUGAAGGAGAACUCGAACAACCAAAGAAUAUACGACUGGAUCGAGGCCAACCUGAGCGAGGAGCAGGUCUCAUCCAACAUGUUUAUCAGGGCCCUGAUGACGUCCGUGUGCCAUUCAGCCAUCGUCUUUGAGAACCCGUACCGCGUCGACGCCCUGGUCAUCCGCAACCGGGCCAAGCUGCUGCAGAAGUACAUGCGGGACGAGCAGAAGGAGCUCCAGGCGCUCUACGCCCUGCAGGCCUUGGUGGUGAAGCUGGAGCAGCCUCCGAACCUGCUGCGGAUGUUCUUCGAUGCCCUCUACGAUGAGGACGUCAUCAAGGAGGAGGCCUUCUACAAGUGGGAGUCGAGCAAGGACCUGUCGGAGCAGCAGGGCAAAGGGGUGGCCCUCAAGUCGGUGACGGCGUUUUUCACCUGGCUCCGGGAAGCCGAGGACGAGUCGGAUAACAACUGAGCGCCUGUGAGGAGGAGGACGAGGAGGAAGGGGGGAGAGAGCGGGGGGCACCCCAGGAUGCGACUCCAUCCCCUCCCAGCCCCGACCCCCUGGACUUGCUCUCACACUGGGGUCUGGGGACCCGCUGCGCCCCCCCCCCCCCUCGUUUUAUUUCUCCUCUCCCUCCUCCCCCCGCCCCGGUUCCGCGGGCCAGGCCCGUACUGGUUUGUCACGAUGAUAACGGAUGGGUGCUGACGGAGGUGGGUGGCGCUGGGGGGCUGCUCUGGGGCCCUCCUUUUACCCCCCCCCCCCCGCCAGCACAGGCACCCUGGGGCACCGGGAGCGGGGCCGAGCACCCCCAGGCUCACGUCACGGGGAAGGGGGACGGGAUGGGGACACGCUUCCCCCCCUCCUCUCCCCCUUCCUCUUCCUCCUCCCCACUUCUUGCUGAAAUAUAGAGAUAUAUAUAUAUAUAAACUUAUUAAAUUUGGUUUGGGGACAGGAGUGUGAUUUCUCCCCCUCCCCUGUCCCCCCUAUUCCUCCAUCACUGCCUGGAGCCCCCCCCCCACAAAGGUUUUUUAUUUUAAAUAUAAAUCAUUCCCCUCCCACCCCAGCUCCUGCUAUGACACCUGGGGAGGGUGCUGGGGAGGAGGGGGGGGGUGACCCCUUCUCUCUGGGCCAGGCUGAGUCCCUGUCCCCCCCCCGGAGCACCCAGCCUCCCCUCAAAACGUUCAAGGCCACAAUUGGGCAAGCGACGGGGCGGCCCCGCAUCCGCGUCCCCUGUAUUUAUAGAGCGCCGGAUGUGACGAGCCGCACGUGUAAUUAUUAAAACAAGGAUUCAAUUACUGGUCACGUGAAUUUGUAAAUAAUUUUUUUUUUUUUUUGCCUUUUUCUUUUCUUUUUUUUUUUUUCUUUAUGGAGUAUUUAAUUGAAGAUUUAAAAAGGCAUCUUUUCACCUUAAAACUGGAAAUAAAAGAACAUUGCUAA